AUGAAGUUUGUCACGAUUCGUCGUAUUCUCAACGCAUUCCUCAACGUGUUCCGUAAGAAUCCGAAGACGUUCAAUGAGGUGGACAAGUAUUUGAAGGAGAGAAACGUAUGGAGAUUCCAACCGGAACAAUAUUUUGAGCUCUGGCGCAUCUUCGGUGAGUCUACCAUUGACACCUGCCCGAUGGCUGUUCAACUCGUCUGCGACCAAAUCGCAGCGGAGAUCGCCGCCCAUGAGAACUGGGAGAAAGAUCCUCGAGGAAUGGCUCAACAUCUCAAGAAGAUCCAGAUGAAAUUGGGAGCAGCCAGCACCACGGAGAAAUAUGAUCAUCUGAAGGGCAAGAAGAGAUUCAUCCCAGGUGGUGGCGGAGCAACUGCCGCUUUGUACUACAUCAAGGCGAUCCAGAAGAAGUUCCGUCCGGAGCAAAUCAUGGAACUCGCUGAGAUUGAUAUGCUCCCGACGAUUGAAGUCACUCAGGACUUGUUGAAUGAUGGUAUCAUGUGGGAGAUGAAGCAUGACUCAUUGGGAGCAUUCAGAAGACAUGUUCUGGAGACUAGUCAGAAAAAAGAAGGAGAGACGGAAGAGACGGGUGGAAAAGCAGCAAGGCCAAGAGAGAGAAGACACGCCCCUCUUCCAAUCCAACCUAGACUUCUCGAAUUCUACGAGCGAGUGGCUCCAUACAUCCGCGGAAAACCGUUCACUGCGGACGUGUUCAAGCAGUUUGGAGAGGAGUUCUACCAGAGUCAGAAGGAAUUAAACGAGGAGGAGAUGAAGAGAAAACUUCAGAAGACAAUGACAAUGGAUGAGAUCGAUGGGGCUCCAGAGGACGAUUUGAUCAAAGAGAAGUACGUCGAUGAGGCUUCUGGAGACCUUGGAGUUCCAGAGAAAGUCUUUGUCGCAUAA